AUGAUUACAUCUGUGCGGAAGCAGCAGAAGCGACAGAAGUCGCGGGAGCAGCUGGGGGAGCUAGAGAGCAAAAAGAUGGAGGGCGAGGGCGUGUGGGGCAGUGGGACGAUCCGGGCUGGGCGGCUGGCGGAGCUGGCGGAGCGGCAGGCGCAGGCUGCGCUGCCGGCGUCCGAGCGGAUGUUUCCGUGGCUGCACGGGUACGUGCAGGACAGCGCGCCGCGGGCGGACAAGUUUGCGCUGAGCGUGGUGCGGUCGCAGCCGCUGGACGCGGCGACCAUCGAGAACUCGGGGAUCCUGCGGGCGUCGAUGGACCUGCACGAGGUGCUGCUGACGGUGGACAACACGGAGGCGGAGCGCGCGGUGGACGCGGCGCUGGAGGAAUACGGGGCAGGGGUGUGCACCGCGCGGCGUGCGGAGCUGUUAGCGGCGUGCCAGCGGUACCAGCUGCUGCCGUUUCUGCAGACGGACGCGCUGAAGCAGUGUCGGUACGGGUCGCGGCGCCUGCGGCUGGGCGACAAGGGCAGCUGGCGGCAGCCGGGCAUGUUCCGGCGCUUCGACCUGCAGCCCGCGCGGCACGUGGAGCUAUCGAGCGUGGUGGUUGUGUACUGUCUGGCGAACAUGCACCCGGACCGGUGCUGCUGCCAUGACGCGGCUACCAUACUGCAGUGGGCGUGCCGGUUCGUGGCGCUGAACUACCCGGAGCGCGCGCACCUCGCACCGGAGGUGCUUAUCUUGGAGGAUCCGGGGCACGUUCCAGCAUCGCUGGUCGGGACGGCGCCAAUGGCGUUGUCAUCACUGCAGAAGCCGUUCCCUGCGCAGCUGGUGUCGCGCUUUGACGUCGCGUCGUUCAACAACUGGGAGCGCGAUCUACUGUACAAGGAGCGCCUGGAGAUCUCGAAAAUGAGCAGCAUGAGCAUGAUUGAGGAUUGCGUCAUGUGCGGGAAUGCCACUGACUUCGAGGUGCUGAGGCUGUUCCGUUCGAACGGCGCCGCGUGUCCGAGCACGGCGGCUCCGCGGAAGUACUAUAGUCCGGACAACACCAUAGUGCUGCUCAAGGCCCUGGAGUAUCAGGAGAAAGACGGCGUACCCGUACUGGACUCCGUGCUCUUCAAUCUCCCGCCAUCCGAGCUUCACGAUGUGCAGCUUUUCGUCAGUUGCACGGAGCACACGCCCUUCCCACACCACGACGACAUCAGGCAUCACUUGACCCAGAUGGAGGCUCCGAUACACAUUGCGUUUCCGAGCUCGGGCUCAAUUGGCCUGGGGACCCUCACUCUGGACUCCAUCACUUCGUGUGUUAAUAUCUGUCACCUGAUCUACCGAUUCAGCGCGGUACACAAGAAGCUUUCCCUAUUAUACUGUUCCGAUGGUUAUACAGAAACUUCCUUUUUGCUAGUGGCUUAUCUGAUAUUUGCCUGGGAUCAACCUCUGGAUGAGGUUCUGUUGCGGUUGCAUACGGAGGUCGAGCGUCCAUACUUCCUAUUUCCGAUCGAUAUACAGGUUUUGGGGCAUUUGCAACUCCUCUUGCGGGAUAUGUCACCGCUGCGGCAUCCGAACAGGGGCCCUGAAUUACUGGCGGUUGACCCAGAUCUGUUCAGCCGCAUGUUCUUCACGAAGCCGUCUCAGGAUUCGCUGUUCCUGAAGAGCAAGGGACCAUUGCCGUCGCGGAUUCUUCCCCAUUUGUACCUUGGUUCACUCGAGCACGCGCAUGACCCAAACCUGCUCCGCAGAUUGGGUAUCAGAAAUAUUGUGUCAGUCGGGGAGACUUUAUCAUGGCUACAAUCCCCUCACUCCCGGGAGGCUGCUAAAACAGAAGAAAGCAAACAAGAAACCAUCACGGACGCGUAUGUGACCGCACCUGCUGAAACCGCCGCGGCAACGUCCACGACCGCAUCCACUGGUAGUCUUAAUUUGUUGAAGCGAAACAGAUCACCCAGCGCGCCUGAAAUUAAACCGUUAAAAUCCUCAUCCUGUAAAACUACAGUCUUCUCGAAGGAUGGAUUCGAAAUAUGCCACACAAGCAACUUGGGAGACAAUGGUGCAGAUCCGAUGCUCACUCAGCUGGACCAAAUGCUCUCUUUCAUCAAUCGGUGUUAUGAGGCCGGCGAAAAGGUACUGGUUCACUGCAUGGUCGGCGUUUCUCGCAGUGCGACAGUAUGCAUAGCCGAAUGCAUGAGACGUCUAAACUGCGCAGUGAUCCAGGCCUACCUGUUUGUCCGUGUGCGCCGCUUAAACAUUAUAAUCCAGCCCAAUCUCAUGUUCAUCUACGAGCUCCUCAAGUGGCAGGAGCUCAAGCACCCUGACGUUCUCAAGAUUGACUGGCAUAUCAUGUGUAGGGCCAUCAACGAACUCAACAGUAAUUAUAUAAAGGACAUGAUUUGA